AGACUCACCCCGAGACUCACCUCUCUCUGAGACCCUCUCACUCGACUCGCUCUCCCAGCUUCAGUGAAGAACCUUCUCGCCGAGUUGCUGCCGCGACGGUCGAAGCAUGGAAACAUCUCCGAGACAAGUGGAUAUUGAUCACAUUCCGACCGCGACGCGUUACAACCUGUCGCCCGACGACGGCCUGCUGGAGAAGGAGGAGAGCAGCCUGUUCUGCUGCGGCGUUUUUAGUGGGAAGGGGUCGCGUCGGUCGGCGGCGGACAAAGCCCUCUUCAAGGCCCAAGGAAAGCUUGCCCAGACCCAGGUGAGGGCGCGCCAAGUCCUGGAGCAGCUGUGGCGGGACGCCGCCGCGGUCGAUGCUGCCAAGAAGCGGAAGGAGGAGGAGAAGGAGAAGAAGAAGGGGAGCGUGGAAGAAGGAGAUAUCAAGAAGGCGCUCAACAGAUGGAGGUGCACGAUGGACUUGUCUGUCAAGGGUAGGAGACCAGAAACAACCGCCCCGCGAGGGAUAGACCGGGAUAAGCUGAUCGAGCUCGUGGAUGAGGCGAUGAGCUUCCUCCCCGUCCACACUGCGGACGUGCUGCUCUUCGAGAGAAACAGCAACAGUGUGAGAACGAGCCUCGCCAGCAUCAGCAUGUGCCUCGGCAGCGGUCGCAGCAUCUACAAAAGCAACAGCAGCAGCGGCGCCAGCAGCGGAGGAAGCAGUGGCUACCUGCCACAGUCCGAGUCUGACAUGUUGACGGACUCCACGCCCAUUGAUACGGAUGAUGAUGGCCUCCUCUACGACAACCCUUGUGCCCCUCCGCCUCUCAAGAUGGUGAAUAUAAGAUCCGUUUGGCGUUAAGAGAAGUGACAGAAGCAGAUGUGAGUGUAA